AUGGAAGAGGCUGAACGCAAAUUCAAGGAAUUUAAUUGGGCCGAUAGUCAGGGAUGGCGAAUUUACUGGGACAACUUGUAUCCAACUCCCCCCUUAUCCAAAGUAGAUAAGUUCAAACGUUCCUGGUUCAAGAGAAACGUAGAUUCUAAUAUAUCUUCAACACCACUGUCUGAGGUUGGCAAACAAACUCAACAAACUACUCCAAAUCAAUAUCGUUCGCAGGGCAACUUUGCUAUUUUAACUCUCGAGGCCGGUGUUAGAUUGUUGUACCUGCUUAUUACAGCACCUUUAUUUGUUCUACCACUAAUAGGAGUCAGGCUCAGUAGAUAUAUAUACUACCACUACUACAUAGACAUAGCGCUGUUAUUGAUCUUUCUAUUGUCUGGCAUCGUAAGGGAAAGAGGUCUACCGAAAAUGGAUUCCGUGUGGCUGGCAUCUGCUUUCUAUUCAGACAUGACACAAUAUAUAAUGUAUACAUGCAUCCUGAUGAUGUCCGCACCAAGGCCUGUUUAUCUGAUUUUACCCUUUCUAACUUGUCUAAUCGGGCUAAAUUCUCUGGCCGAAACAAAUUUAUCCAAACUGCCCAAAUGGCUUGAAAACAUAGUGGGUGAAAUAUUUAAGUAUACUAAGGAUAAUAUAUAUUGGUUAAUGCAAACUCGUGGCGAUGUUGAGUGUUAUUUGUUGUUUUAUAUUGUAUUCGGGUUCCUAACGAAAUCAAGCGCAGUUAUCACUUUAAUGGCCUACAUAAACUUUAUGAAGUUAAGGAUUGGCAUUGGUGAUCCCUUUAUAAUGUCUGCCUUCUCUAAAUUGCAUGGCUGCAUAGUGAAGUUGUUAUCGUAUGAUAUGUUUGGACAUAUACCUUUGAGGAUGUACUUGAAGAUAUCAGAGCUCUUAACUAAAUAUAUGUCGGGGCCAAGGCCGCAAUAUUAA